CGCGUGGAGCACUGACUGCCCUCUGGUGGUGAAGUGGAAUCAACACCGUGUAUGACCUGAGAUGCCCACUCUCCAUCACGUGGUAGCCGCUGGCAGCAAGGGGCCAGCUGAAGAAUGUCUGGUGUUCAAAUAUGACUGCUGAAAGAGCCUAAUUAAAACGCCCCUCGCUUCUACUGGAAUCCCUCUUCGACCCUGGGUUUGGAGCCCGGCGGCAGCUCUGAGAUGGGGCCUCUGAAGGAAAAACGUCAGUUGUUUCUGCAUUCUUGCCAGGGAGCAGCCGCAACUGAGUAGGCGCACGUGGAGGGGGCAUGUGGUGACAUGGAGCUGGAAAUCAACUGCUCUGAAUUCUGUGACAGUUUUCCUGACCAGGAGCUGGAUCGGAGACCCCUCCAUGAUCUUUGCAAGACAACCCUUAUUGACUCACAACACAGCGGUGCAGACGUCUCUCCGCUGUCUCCCGCCCUCUUGGGGGUUAUUUGGACUUUUCUCAGCUGUGGAUUACUUCUGGUGCUUUUCUUUCUUGCUUUCACAAUUCGCUGCAGGAAGAACAGGAUUGUGAAGAUGUCCAGCCCCAAUCUGAACAUUGUGAUCUUACUGGGCAGCUGUCUGACUUACAGUAGCGCUUACCUUUUUGGGAUUCAAGAUGCUUCAGUGGGGAAUUCAAUGGAAGCGCUCGUUCAGAUGAGACUGUCCAUGCUGUGCAUUGGGACAUCCCUUGUGUUCGGCCCUAUUCUGGGGAAGAGCUGGCGACUCUACAAGGUGUUCACCCAGAGGGUCCCCGACAAGAGAGUGAUUAUCAAAGACCUGCAGUUGCUGGGGUUGGUGGCAGUCCUGGUGGUGGCUGAUGUCAUCCUGCUUGUCACAUGGGUGCUGACUGAUCCCAUCCAGUGCCUCCAGAUCCUUGGUGUGAGCAUGAAGGUGACAGGGAGAGAUGUGUCCUGCUCUUUGACCAACACACACGCCUGUGCUUCGCGGUACUCCGAUGUCUGGAUCGCUCUGGUUUGGGGAUGCAAGGGGCUGCUGCUGCUGUUUGGUGCUUACCUGGCUGGCCUGACCAACCACGUCAGCUCUCCUCCGGUGAACCAAUCCUUGACCAUCAUGGUCGGAGUCAACCUCCUGCUGCUCACUGCGGGCCUGAUUUUCGUGCUCACCAGAUACCUGCACUCCUGGCCUAAUCUAGUCUUUGGAUUCACAACUGGAGGGAUCUUCGUUUGCACAACCACUGUGAACUGCUGUGUGUUCCUUCCCCAGCUGAAGCAAUGGAAGGCAUUUGAAGGAGAAAACCAAACAACCCGACGCAUGGCCAAAUAUUUCAGCACCCCUAGCAAAGCCUUCCACAGCCAGUUUGACGAGGACCAGAAGGGCCACCUGAGGGAUGAGAAGAGCGGCAUGGAGAGGCUUCUCACAGAAAAAAACGCAGUAAUCGAAAGCCUGCAAGAACAAGUCAACAAUGCCAAGGCGAAGAUAGUAAAGCUGAUGUCUUCGGAGUACUCCUACGACUCCCCGGAGUGCACUGUCCCACAUGCAGCCUCGGCCCAUGGGCUGGCAGUUCAGGGACCUUCAGAACACCCCACUGCCUCUGAGAAUGCUGUCGGUGCAGCUGCCGAGGACUCCCUGCAUGCCUCGGUGGCCUCCCAGUACCUGAAAAGCCCUGGGGCAUCUAAAAGGGACGAUAGUCCUUCCCAAGACCAAAAGGAUAACGUGACUUUGAAACAGUUCUGUGAUCAUUUGGACAGAGGUUGCAGCCCAAAGCCACAGGCUGAACAAAGUGAGGGUCCAGAAAGAGGUGAUCAGGGACCCAUGACACCCAGCCAGAGUUUCAUGCCUGAUGGAGUGGGGUGUGACCCCCAUAGGCCCAAGCAGAAUUCAGAGGAACUCCCAGAGAGGCCACCUCGGGUCAGUUCAGUGGUCAGAGAGAAGCUUCAGGAAGUCCUACAAGAGCUGGACAUGGGUCCCGAGGCUCCCCUUUCCCCACUACCUCGUUCCCAACAGCUUUGGAAGAGCGCCACUUCCCGCAGUCCCCAGAAGCUGUCCCCGUCUAAACUGGGUUUCAGCCCAUAUGUGGUGAGGAGGAGACGGGCGGCCCAGCGUGCUCGCACCCAUAUCCCUGCUUCUGUGGCCCUCAAUAUGGGGCAACAGGCAAAUAGGGCGGUUUCUGGUGUGCAAUGCGGGCUGGUUGAGCAGAGCCGGGACAGCCCCAGGCUGGACCACCAAAAUGUGAGGUCCAAGGUACCACGGUCCUCUUCUGUAAAACUGUCAACACUCACAGAUCCUCCCCAGAGACGGAGUGCCCUAGAGGACAGCAAGCGAUGCCAGCCCGAGCCUCAGGGGGCUGGAGGAUGCGAUGUAAGCGUUCCUUGCCAACCUUCCGCUUUUGCCCCACGUCCACCGUCUUCACCAGGUCUGCCCAGGCACCGUCAGUCUCGACUCCUAGCGUCCCCUGGAUAUCCUGCCUUGUCCUCUGGGUGCUACAACCUGGACAGUGAGUCCAGCAGCUCGGACGAAUUCUUUUGUCACUGCCACCGGCCCUACUGUGAACUCUGCUUCCAGGGCUCUUCAGACUCUGGUGACAGCGACACCUCAGACAGUGACCUUGAGCAGGCUUCAGGACGAGCCUCCUGGGAAAAGCUGUGGUCCCGCUCCAAGCCUGUUGUGAACUUUAAAGAUGACUUGAAGCCCACACUAGUGUGAGAAGCAGCAAGGCAGGGCUGGCCAGAGGCCAGUCUGGGUCCCCUAGAAACAGGAAAUCGUGGCAGGAGAGCUAGAUCUGUCUUCGAGGACCAGAUCGGCGCCAGCCUUGACUAACCUCGGCUGGGUUUCUGCUGUGUUCACUCUUACUUUGAAGACGUCUCAGUCUACGAAAAGAAGGGCAUUGUCCACCCCGCUACUACCUCAGCAUUCCUGUGAAGAGCUUUGGUGAGGAACUGUAGACCUCCUUACCCUGAAGGUGCUAAAUGAGCAGACAGAGCUGUCCAUUCAACUCAGCCUGGAUUCUACAAAACUCUGAAUGUAUACCAAAUGGCUAGCUGGCUGGCUGGACAGAAAGAUGUGUUGAUGGAUGGGAAAAUUCUGCAGAACCACUGUGACCCACCAAAUUAGUCUUUCAGUGAUCAGACCUGCCAGGUAGAUAAGCCUACAUUGUUAUCUGUCCAACCCGUAGGAAGGGUGACUUGCUUGCUGCUGAAGGCCGUAGGCAUCACUGAUUCAGGGUUCCAGCUUCUGGUUCAAGUCAGUUCAGCACUUCCUACCCUGCUUCUUCCUGUCCAGCCACUAUGGUGGCACCUCACCUACCAUGAUCCCCAACAGUUUCCUAACAUAUGCCCAUUGUCUUCUCAGUGUGCUCAGUAGUACCCGUCUCUUGCUGCUUCCUAGUGACACUGUGUUCUUCGCAAACACGUAGCAGCAGUCUGUGCUGGGAGACUUAUUGCUCAAAAUGGGGAAAUAGGAAAGAAGAAACGAAGGGCCAGGAGUAGCGUUUAAUCCCAGCACUCAGGAGGCAGAGGCAGGUGGAUCUCUGUGAAUCUGAGGCCAGCCUGGUCUACAGAGUGAGUUCCAAGACAACCAGGGCUAUGUAGAGAGACCCUGUCUAAAACUAAAAAUACAAAAAAAAAAAAAAAAAAAAAAAAAAAAAGGAAGGAAGGAAGGAAGGAAAGAAGGCAAGAAAGACAAAAGGUUGUGAACAUUUUGCCUGAGUCCGGCUUGGGACUUGGCAAUAGCAAAUUCUAGUAGUUCCUCACAACACCCCUUUAAAAUAGAUGGAUGCCCUCAUUUCUUCAGCUAGGGACCACGAGGCUUGGAGAAAUGCGAUGUCUCCCCAGCACCACAGUCCGGGAAAGUGACUGGCCUCUGCCAGUUUGCCUGCGCUGCUGAUGGCUUUCCCCAGGGACGCGUCUCUCUAUUCAUUCUUCUGCAAGUGGCUGGCGAGAUUGAGGAGAGAGCUAAACACGGGCAGAGUGAACUUCGAAGAUGUGCUCAGCCUGCAGUCUCGGAGGACACAACCAAGUUCUGCACCCCCUCUUUCCACUGCUGGGAGUCACGGAGUUGAUAAGGAGUGAGAUCCGGAAACCCACCUGCCACUAAAGCUGCAGGGAAGUCAAGCGGGUCCACUUCAAUUGUUGUUUAACCAGGCAUCUCUGCCCUGACUGCCAUCCUGCAUCUGGGCUGUGUGUGGGUUUUGUGAAGGAGUUUGGGGGGGGGGUGCAUUUAACAUAAAACAUUCUCUCAGGGUCUGCUUCCACCUCGUGAGCCUCCAGGUGCUUAGCCAUGGGGGCCCUGCUGGCCGGACAGCAGCUUCUGCCGUCUACUGUUCAUAAUUUAUUCUGCAUAGGGGGCUGUAGUUCCCGUGUGUGUUGUUUGUAUGAAGACCAAGCGUACCUUAAUAAAAGGGAAAUGACCCUCAAGUAAGUCUCUUCUAAAGCUGUAGUCUUUCUCUGGGGAGGAGCCUGGAGAAGACUAAGCCACUGAAAAGGGAAGAUACAGAAUGGCCC